CAUAUUUGUGCCGUAAAUUUUCAACAUGGCGCAAAUAUCAACCGCAAUUUCUGACUUUGUACUAAGUGCAGUUUCAUUUUAUGGUGCGAGCUUCCUUGCCAGGAGUUAUGUACAUGCUGCAAUUGGUUUUUUGUUGAUAGCAUUUGCUGCAGGCUCAGGAGCAAUCCGCUUUCUUGACAUUGUAUCAAGUAAAAAAAUGAUCACUGAAUUACACGACAAAGCAUCAUGGUUUGCAGCUAUUCUUGGAAUUCCACUUAUUGCAACGUCAUUUUGUGUCAAGUACGGAGUAAAGAAUUAUUUAAAUAUACACUUAAUAAGUUCUACAUUUGGAAUUAUUCUCUCAUCACUGUUCCCAAAACUGAAAGAUGUGUGUACUCAAUGUGUUUCAACAUUAGCAAUGUUUCAUAUCAUGAUAUUGAGUUUUCAAGUUAAAAACAUAGUUGCAAUUGCUGCUGUCAUUCUCUAUGUGAUUGCAGUUGUAGUGUUUGGAACUUCUGGGAACAUGAUGGGAUAUCGUAAUGUUGAUAUCUUUCAUUAUAUUUUAGUUCUAGCAAAUUAUACUUUUAUUAAAGCUUUGAUGAAAUAUUAAAGCUUAAUGUCUUAAUAUUCCACCCACAAACACUCAUUAAUAAAUAUUUUGUAAAGAACUUUGUAAAAUAUAGUGUUUCAUACUUCCAAUAAAAUAGAAUGUUUUUACUGUCAAAUUUUUAAAAUACAACUCUGAUGCUUUACAAUGCCAAUAAAACAUAUUUUUACCAUUAAA